AUGGACUCAACAAACACCAACUUGUUGGUCCUGGCAAACUUCCCAACAGACGGCAAAAUUGCAGAAAUUGCGUAUAUUGCAUAUUGCAAAGCUAUUCUACUUGCUCAGGCGGUGAAUGUACUCCCCGAUGAUUUGGUUCCUGUAACAACACCGGAGCACACAGGUUUGUUUAAUGAAUCUGACAACAAAAUCAACCCCAAGCUUGACGCAGUCACAACAGAAUCACUAUCCUCAAGUGAAGCGUUUCAGGAACUAAUUGAGCUUGUGGACGCUCACAACCUUCCACUCAAAUCAAUUUCUAUCCAGCGUGAUAACUUAGUAUACGCUAAUGCAGCUCUUCAGACCAAAGCUUCAGCACUCAUUGACAACCUUCCCGGGGAAAAUGGCGCCAAUAUACAUCUUGAUGGUACAACCAUCAAAGGGCACACGAGGUCAACUGUGGACGCAAUUGACCCUAAUCUUCUUGAGUUGCAAAUUCAAGAUAUCAACAAAGAAACCUUCUCCAACCAACGCUCUUCUAUUGAGCUCAAUCUUGACGUCUUACUCUUAGAAUAUGCCACCUCCCAACAAGGGCAGGUGCUUCCGGCUUCAUCAACAUCUCAAAGUGCAUCAAGGGGGUUGUCAACAGAGACAGCUCAUGCGUCGCUAGCUUGCUCGUUGCUGCAGACAUUGCGCAACCACAAACUGUCUAGUCAUAAGAUAUCCCCCCGCCUACAACGCUGGAUUGCGAGCGGGGGUGAGACGGAUGGACAGUUUAAGGGCAACACUGCUAAUGCUAAAAAAGCUGCAGAGGCCCGCGCAACCUCCUAUGUGAAAAAUCGACGUGAUUGUUUGCGGCAAUGCGGCAUGCCUAAGUUACUUGAAGACAUUGCCACGGCGCGCAUCACUAUCAUUGACCCAAUCAAAUCCAGGACUUUUGUCUGGAUUAUGUUGGAGAAACAGAUUGUGCUUGGACAAGUUAUGGCUAUAUACAUUAAGGAGGGCGGACACAACGGAAUGAACCUAUGGGUCCCACAAACCCCCCAUCUUGGUCACAUCUUGUAUGUUGCUGUACAAGUAUACCAAAAGGUUGGCUCACGGGCUAAAUACCGUGCUAUCCACCUUGGUCGGCCAAUGGAGAUCCCGUACUACCAACUUGUACCGACAAACAAGCUCUUGAUGCGCGUCGGCUUUGUAAAUGCGCCAGGCUCAGACACUGAAGAGGUGGAAUUGAAAGACCGUCACCUUAUUGAGGAGAGGGAUGAACUGGUGCAUCUUUUACCCUGGGUAGAGAAGGCUGGCAUACUGCAAGUGGGCUCAAAAACUGGAGCGGGACCGUAA